AUGCUGGCACUGCUCACCAUAUCUGUAUUUCAACCUCAUGCUGUAUACCUGCACGCUAUUCAGAUGAUGUGGUUUAAGAAUCUUAAUGUCCCCAAAACUUUUGGUUUCUUAAAGAACCAACAUGAAGAAUCUCUGAUUGUGGAGCUGAUUGGUUUCGGUACUGUUGGUUUAGGAUAUAAAGUCCCUAACUACCAUGUAUUACCCGUUAGUCAAUCUGGUAAGAUUUAUGUCUUGGCAUUUGAUUAUUGCUCAUUAUCUGCGAGGGGUCCUAUACUAGAUGCGCUUACUGUUGUAGACUGGACUAUGAAAGUCGCAGUAACUUUUGCUAACACUGUUAUUGUUAUGCUAUUCGUUAAUUUGAUAGGAAUAACCCUAAUCCUAUUACUAUCUGAGAAGUUUUUUAUGCUGUUUAAUUACCUCCGACGCUUUAUACUAGACAAAUGGCUAAGUAAAGACCGCAUUGUGUACAAGGAAGACCGCCUCACAAUCAUAUCUGUUCAGGAUGAUUAUAACAUUUCAUGUUAUUCUAUGAAAGUCGUCUUCUGGUAUGCAGUUAACGCUUUGAUACCUUUGGGUAUAAGUUAUGAGGAAUUUGAAGAGAUGAAGCUGGACUUAAAGGUUGAUCUAGGUGCUGCCGGCUCGCUCGAAGAAAUACUGGAAACUGGCUUGCAUGAUGUUGUCAUGAGUUCUCCGGUCGUCACGAUGGCUGUGAUGCGUAUUUUCGAAGUGGCAGAUCUGUCAUUCACGUGUUGAAUUAGAUCAGAUAUACAAGUGACAUGUAUUUAUUGUUUGUAACUUAUGUCUCCUUUAUUC